AAUAUAAACGUCAAAGUAACGAUGAAAACAACACUAAAUGUGUCAGUAAUCGUAACAUGCGUCCAUCUCCAUUCAUUUCGUCCCUUCGGAAGUUUCCGUAGAUGUUCGGAAACUCUUCGGCAGAGGGCAGAACUCGGCGCUCCAGUCCGUUUCACUCCACCGACCAGUUCACCUGAACUCCUGAGGAGCGUUCAAGAGCACGCAGAGCCUGUGUUUAUUUCAAAAAGUCUCCAAACACACUUCAAAGGAAUGUGGUGGACCUAAACAAGCAUAUAUACCCGAGUACAAAGUGAGUUUGGCCGUAUGAUAAGUUUUAGAAGUGCAUAAAAGGAAACCAUGGCAACGGGUGGAUUUAAAUCUAACAGCGCAACGGACUUUUUGGAGGAAUGGAAAGCUAAGCGCGAAAAGAUGAGAGCGAAGUUGCUCGGGGACAUCGCCGCCGCUACCGGGAGAACCACGGAGUUAAACAACAACGGCAGCUCGGUAAACUGCGCGUCCACAUAUCCCGUGGCCCGGUCUAACUCUUCAUCCGCUUUGAGGCGACCGGAGGACGAGCCGAAGACAUCCGAGCCGCCCGGGGGAAACUUGAAGAAGACGCCGGAGAAAGUGAGUGGAGUCUCGCAGACAGACGGUUCCAGUCCGGUCGGUGUGGAUGACAGUGAUAAGGACAGUCCAACGCACGGCAAGAGCAAAGAGAAGAAGAGCACGGGACCCAGCGCCAGGAAAGGCAAAGGACAGAUCGAGAAAAGAAAGCUAAGAGAGAAGAGAAGGUCGACAGGUGUUGUCAGCAUACCGUCCAAUGAGAGCCUGGAUGAGCUUGACGACGAUGAUGGUGAGGAGAAGGAAAGUAAGAUGGAAGAAAAUCUUACACAGCACAACACGGUACAAAAUGAGGCAAUGACUCCUGAUCCCGGAGCGGCUCACUUAAUACAGGACACUCCGAGAUCCAGAUGUCAUAAGAGUGAUGAAGACGGUGGAGGGAACAGACAUCGUCAUCGCCACGGAAAGGAAGGCAGCACACAGGAGAGGAGAAUAGAGGAACUUGAGAGGGAGCUGACAUUUGAGAGACAGGAGAACGCUCGCCUGUUGAAAGCCCAUCAAGACAAAGAUGAACUGGUUGCUAAACUCAAGGAGGAGAUCGACCUGCUAAACAGGGAUCUGGAUGACAUUGAAGACGAGAACGAGCAGCUGAAACAGGAGAAUAAAACCUUGCUCAAAGUCGUUGGCCAACUUACAAGGUAGAACCGAGCAACCUAAAGAUCACUCAUGGAGUCUCUCAAUGUCUUACUGUGGUAGCCGGAGGGGUUUUCCUAAAGAACACCACAACCUCUCCUCUCCAUUCUUCAUAUUGUCAACAUUUCUUUGCUCUGUGGAAGAGAAUCUGGAGGCUACAAGAAGCUGGACAGCCAGUAGAUCACCAGAUAUAGAAACAAAGCCACGCAAGUGCAGUGUUACUUGAGGCCUCCUGCUUAAGGCUUAAGGAAGUGAUCUUCUAUUUAAUGUAAAUGUGUAUGUACAUAGUCUGUGCCAAGGGCUGUUUUAAGGCUUGCAUUGGAUGAGGAAAUACAACUGACUGUACAUGGUGCGGCAUCAAAUUUAUAAGGGUUUUAAUAUUUUUUUGCCUUCCAGUUCCAAGGGUUUUCACAAUUACAGUUGUGGCAACCUAUUGGUAUACCUGUUAGAUCUGAUGUUAUUCUGCCCCUUUUUCUCACACUUACAAAUAAUUGCUAUCAUGAUCAUCAAUUUAAGGGCUUGUGAAACAAGUAGUAAAACAACAGCAAAAGAGUCCGUUAGCCCCAAUCUGAGUUUAUUUUAACCCUGGUAACUAAUGAUACUCUAUAGCAGUUGAUGGUACGUGGUGCAAUUCUGUCAAAUUCUGUCAAAUUAGAUAGCUAUUCAUUUUGUACGGUUAGCAAGAUUAAUAGCCUAGGCUGCACAUUUUUAAUUAAGCAAAUGAAAUAAAGAUGUUAUUAAAUGCAUUCAUGUGGUCUCUUACAGCCAAUAAAGCUGCAAUAUGACAUCUAUUUUAAAUUGCAAUUGCGCUGUUUCAUCACCACUUUGGGGUUCAUAUCUAUACUGAUAAUGAUCUACAAUGCUUAUGACAUGUAUUCUGUAAAAUAAUUUGAGGGGUUUGUCUGUUUAUAAGCCGUAAUGCAUGUACAAUACAGAAAAUUGAAUAAAGGUUUCAAUAAAAAUCUCAUUGAACACUUGUUGGUGGUCUUUUCCUUCCUUGGUUCAUUACGUUACUGUUUUCUUUAAUGCAAUGUUUUCAGU